UUUCAACUCCUACAUACACUUCUCGUUCUUUCUCUCAACCUCUCUCCUGCUCCUUCUUCUUCUUUUUCUUUCUCCUUCUUCCUCUUCUUCUUUCUCUUUCUUCUUCCCGUUUACAGAGAUUCUGAUCAUCUGGGAUCAGUUUUUGAAAGCUACAUUCCAACAAAUGUUAUAAUUUUAUAAGUUUUCUUGCGGGCAUUGAGUUGGCAUUUUGUUUGCUUGUUCUUCUGGUUCAGGUUUUUUGUCUUUUUUCUGGUUUUCUUCUGGGAAUUGGCUUGGAGGAAGAGUUGUUUCGGUGUGAUAACGUUCAUAGUUUGUUACGUGGGUCUGUAGAUCACAUGGAUACGACAACUGCUUUAAUGCUGUUAACGGUUUUAGCGGCUUAUUUAAUAUGGCUCAAGGUGAUAUCAAGAUUUUUGAGCGGGCCACGUGUCUGGCCUCUAUUGGGUAGCCUCCCUGGCCUCAUCCAAAACGCUAAUCGUUUGCAUGACUGGAUUUCGGACAAUCUCCGCGCGUGUGGCGGCACGUACCAGACUUGUACCAUUGCCCUUCCGUUUCUAAGUCGGAAGCAGGGUCUCGUGACUGUCACGUGCGAUCCCAAAAACGUGGAGCAUAUUUUGAAGGCCAGAUUUGAUAACUAUCCGAAGGGUCCCAAUUGGCAGUCUGUGUUCCAUGAUCUGCUCGGUGAUGGGAUCUUCAAUUCUGAUGGUGACACGUGGCGGUUCCAGCGUAAGACUGCUGCACUGGAAUUUACCACCAGGACUUUGCGCCAAGCCAUGGCUCGAUGGGUGAACCGAGCGAUAAAGUAUAGAUUUUGCCCGAUUCUUGAAUCGGCUCAGGUUAAAGCUAAGCCGGUUGAUCUUCAAGACCUUUUACUCAGAAUCACUUUUGAUAACAUAUGUGGUUUGACUUUUGGGAAGGACCCACAGACGCUAUCAGCAGGGCUUCCUGAAAACGACUUCGCCCUGGCUUUCGACCGAGCCACUGAAGCCACACUUCAACGCUUUAUUUUGCCCCAAGCUAUAUGGCGGCUCAAAAGGUGCCUUCGGCUUGGCAUGGAAGUCAGCAUGAGCCAAAGCCUUGAACACAUGGACGCUUAUUUAUCCAAUAUUAUCAAUACACGUAAGCUGGAGUUGCUGAGUCGGCAGGAAGGUGGGACCCCACAUGAUGACUUGUUAUCCAGAUUCAUGAAGAAGAAAGAGUCAUACUCGGACACAUUUCUUCAACACGUGGCACUCAACUUCAUCCUAGCUGGACGUGACACCUCAUCAGUGGCAAUGAGCUGGUUCUUCUGGUUGGUCAGUCAAAAUCCAAGAGUGGAAGAGAAAAUCCUUACCGAAAUUUGUACCGUCCUGAUGGAGUCACGUGGCAGUGAUAUAUCCAAGUGGCUAGAUGAACCGCUGGCCUUUGACGAAGUUGACCAGUUGACUUAUCUCAAGGCAGCAUUAUCUGAGACACUCAGGCUGUACCCAUCAGUCCCGCAAGACUCAAAGCACGUGGUUUCCGACGACGUCUUGCCGACGGGAACUUUCGUUCCGGCGGGUUCAUCAGUCACAUACUCAAUCUACGCAAUGGGUCGGAUGAAAUUCAUCUGGGGUGAAGAUUUCUCGGAAUUCAAGCCAGAAAGAUGGUUAAAUUCUGAUGGUAAAAAGUUCGAGGCACAAGAUUCAUACAAGUUCGUUGCAUUCAAUGCUGGUCCAAGAAUUUGCUUGGGGAAAGACUUGGCUUAUUUACAAAUGAAGUCAAUAACAGCAGCAGUGUUGUUGCGCCACCGUCUGACAUUGGUGCCCGGCCACCGUGUGGAGCAGAAAAUGUCACUGACGUUGUUCAUGAAGUACGGCCUGCUGGUAAAUGUGCAGCCGAGGGAGCUGAAGCCUAUAGUGGAAAAAAUAAACCCAGGUAUCUACCAGAGGGUUGAAAUGGUAGCUGGAAUUGCCUGAGCCACAAUCUUAAUUCGAUUAAAAUGGUGUUUAUUUUAUUUUAUUAUAUGCAUUCAUAUAAAUGCAUUUAUAUUAUAAUAAUUUGUGGUACUUGUUAUCACAGAUGUGACUGAUGUUAUAAAUAUGAUUUCUGAUGACAAAUGCCUUCAUCCAUAAGUGGGCAAAAUAUUGGAAAGUCAGGAGGUGUUCGUCAUAAUAAAUCAGGAUAAUAUCUGUCGCUCUUUGGAGUCCUUGCAAAAUAAUAUAUAGUGUUACACGGCCAUUUUCAUGGCAAAAUGCACGGAUGGUUAGGUUUGAUAUGUCUUUUUCAAAUAUAAUCUAUUGGGAAACCACUUUGACGUGUA